UGACGUUAUAAACUACGUGUUUUGCGUAGGAUACCGCAUGACUCUAGUCGAGCCCGCAGUUAGGAAGUGGCUUUCAAACAGGUUCGUUGGGGUGAAAUGGAGUGGUUAGUAUUGUGCAUCUGCUUCCUUUUCUGUGGCCUAUCUCAUAGUAAGCCACAUGCAUUCAAGGACAAGAAAGGAGUUGACCCAGAAGUCAACAUGAACAUUAGUGAGAUUGUUAGACACUGGGGCUUCCCUGCUGAGGAGUACGAGGUGGUCACUGAAGAUGGCUACAUCCUGAGUGUCAACCGGAUCCCACACGGCAUCCACAGCAAAAAAGGAGACGAUCCCAGGCCAGUGGUGUUCCUGCAGCACGGGCUGCUGGCCGCAGGCAGUAACUGGGUGACCAACCUGCCCAACACCAGCCUGGGAUUCACGCUGGCCGAGGCAGGCUUCGACGUGUGGAUGGGCAACAGCCGGGGCAACACUUGGUCCAACAAGCAUGUUAGUCUCACUACUGACCAGGACGAAUUCUGGGAAUUCAGCUACGAUGAGAUGGCCAAGAAAGAUCUUCCUGCGGUCAUCAACUUCAUCACCAAGUUCACUGGACAGGAACAGAUCUUUUAUGUUGGCCACUCUCAGGGAACGACAAUCGCCUUCAUUGCGUUCUCCACCAUGCCUGAGCUGGCGAGUAAAAUCAAGAUGUUCUUUGCUCUGGCUCCUGUGGCCACGGUGGCGUUCACUGACAGCCCCAUGACCAAGCUGUCCAUCUUCCCAGAGUUCCUCAUUUGGGAUAUCUUUGGCCGCAAAGACUUCUUCCCUCAGAACGACCUCAUCAAGUUCUUUGCGACCAAGUUUUGCAGUAAGCAGCCGCUCAGCGUUCUGUGUGGAAACAUAUUCUUCCUGCUCUGCGGCUUCGACGAGAAUAAUCUCAACAUGACACGGACACCAGUGUACACAACCCACUGUCCUGCUGGAACCUCAGUGCAAAACAUGAUCCACUGGUCCCAGGGUGUGAAAGGUGGGCAGCUGAUGGCUUAUGACUAUGGCAAAAAAGGAAACAUGGUACACUAUAACCAGACCACCCCACCUCACUACAAUGUCCAGGACAUGAAGGUGCCCACGGCCCUCUGGUCCGGCGGCCACGACACCCUCGCCGACCCGAAGGACGUGGACAUUCUCCUCACACAGAUCCCCAACCUGGUCUUUCACCGCAACAUCCCGCACUGGGAGCACCUGGACUUCAUCUGGGGGCUGGACGCGCCGCAGGAGAUGUUCGGCGACAUGAUCAAACUCAUGAGGCAGAAUCUGUGAAGAGCCACUGGGUCUCCUCUCUCUUUCACGUCUCUUUUAGAAAAAUACUUGUUAGGGCCACUGUCAAGCUGAUCGGCCGCUGUGCUGAGGAACUUGUCCAAAGGCACUGUGACGUUAAACGUUAGCGUGUAUCUCUGUUUGUUUUUACACUUUUGAAUGACCUCAGGUUUGAAGUUUGGAAGCAUUACUCGAAAGGGAAGGAUGUAGGAUAUCCACUAUGUCAGGGAGAUUUGUUUUAUGUGUGAGUGUUUCCCUGUUAUACAAACUCGGCUCAUGUUAAAUGUCCGUCUGUCUGUUCAUUCCUUGUCUGAGCCACUAUAUCCUGCAGCUGGUGAAAGUGCAGUGGGAGGUUUAAAAGCUACGUCCUUCAGUCUGAGUUAAGAUGGUAGCCAUUCUUGCCUUACCCCCUUUUUCUCUCAGAAAUGCACUUUGACCGUCCAAGUUAGCAUUACAUGAUGCUCUGUUGCAUCUGAUAUACUGUAGCUAAUGAUUACUUUUUAUUUCUUUUUAACCACUACCAUAGGAAUAUAACAGAUUAAUAGCUGAUGCCGUUUGCUACCUCUGUUGGCCCGGGCUUUUAGCAACUUUUUACAUUUUUACUUUCCAUGUACACUCUAUACAGUUCUAAUGUUUGAUGCACUGACCAAAAGGCUGCAUUAUACUCUCAUGUUAAUUCCAAACAUUUGAUUAAAAUGCUGAUCAAUGCUGUCUCAUUUCACCAACAGUGUUUACUCAUGACUUUAAUAAACAUUUACUCAAAGUCA